AUGGCUCUAUUGGAAAACAGAAUUGGCAGCGUGCAGGAGGCCAGGAUGAUUGAUAUAAACGUCAAUAACAUUUUUUUUAGAUCUUACUCGGUUGACCCCAACUCCGGACAUGCGAUUUAUGUCUUUGACUCGACGUAUUUACCUGCGCCCGAUGAAAUCGGUGAUAAGCAGGUUUAUGAUUUACUUAUUAAUGCACUUAUGGAUCGAUUGGUGAUGAAAUUGCCACAGGCACCGUAUUCGCUAGUAAUCUUUUCAUCUGGGUUUUCCCAGCGAAAAAUUAGCUGGGUUUACGGUAUUAAAAUGUUUGCCAAAUUACCUAAAGAGACCAAGUUCUAUUUACAAAAGAUAUUCAUUGUUCAUGAAUCAUUUUUUGUCAGAUCGGUGUACCAAGUGCUCUCAAAUGCCAUGAAUUUCAAUUUCUUGGACUCAAAGGAUAGUCAGCAUGAUUUUCCGAGUCUGGUUCAUGUCUUAGAUCUGACUUCUUUAUCCGAGCUAUUAGAUAUUACACGGCUCAGGAUAUCGUUGAACGUGUAUUUAUAUGACUAUCAGAUAAGUGAGCGUAUAGAUGUUUCGGAGGAAUAUUAUAACCGAUUGACGCCUUUGGCGAUAAGACAGUAUAGACAAUUAAUAUUUGACAAAAUUUUCAAGAAAUUGCAAAGCGAUGCUGUGAUGUGUGAACUGAUUUUCCAAAAACCAGGAAACUAUAAAAAGGUAAACAUUUUCUUAGACAUUAUCAAGAGAAACAACUAUAUUGAUUUGUCUCAAUGGGACAUUUAUUCAUUGGCCUCCGUGUGGUUGAACUUUUUUAUCAAGAAUAAGGCCAAGGCUUUGAUUCCUAUUGAAUUGAUUCCGUUACCAAUUGUUGAUGAUUUCAUAUCCACAAGAGAAACAUUUCAUAAAAUCAUCAAAUUUAAUCAGUAUCAAGACCUCUUUGUGGUGAUAUUCCCCUUCUUUAACACGAUUAUAGCGCAUGGUGAGGUGACUAGGCAUGACUCAAGGACGUUAAGUAAAGCUUUGACCCCUGCACUAUGUAAGGAGAAACUCUCUAUCAUGACUAACGACCGUUUAGCCAUUGGAUCAAGGUACAUUAAGAAUUUGUUAGAUUUUUUCCCUGAAAUCGUGAAGGAUAUAACAUCGUCUUUGUCAUCGGCAUCAUCAUCUUCUACAAUACCUCUAUUACCUAAACCAAGAAAAUCAUCCCCAACCAGAUACAGCGAAUUGGGUUGCUUAACCUUACCUAGAAGUAGAAGUCCCAGUCCACAGAGAUCCGUUACGUCUCCAAUAUUCGCACCUGUAGCAUUACAGAAUACACCAGUAUUAAAACCUGAGUCAUCAAAUAGAAAUGUUUCCUCCCCAUUAAUUAAUACUAGGCCUUUGCCCCCACCCAAGACACUUCUACAACCACAGUUGUCACUAACUUCCCGUUCAAAUACCGAUUUAACAUUAGCCUUGUCUUCUACAGAUACCUUAUCUUCGCCAACAAAAACACCAUCUACUGAGUUACUUCCAAUGAGCAACAGCAGCACAGAUUUGUUGAUAUCGGACACUAUCAAAGAAAUGGUUAAGGAUGAGCCUGUAAAGGACAAAAACUCCACAGACACAGAUGCGUUGAUACAGCAGUUCGAGAGUUUGGCUGUUGAGCAAAAUUCAAAGAUCAAAAAAUUUGAUAAAGAAUUACAGGAAAAGAAGAGGAAAAGUGAAAAUACUUCAAAGAUAGCAGACAAAUUUUCCCAAAAAGGAUAUUCGGAUAUUAAAGCAGGUAAUAAAGUCAGUAGGCUAGCUGCAUUAUACGAAGAACGUUUGCAAGGUUUACAAGUAAUGAAUGAAAUGAAACAAAAGUGGUAA